UGUGUGACGAGUGCCAUGCGAGCGGGGCAAAGUCGGAAUUCGCACGGAUUGGCUGUGCGCAGUGCAGACAAGGCAAUCCGGAAGAUUCCGAUUUGCUACCGAUGCACAGAGGAGCCGGGUACGAAGACAUUGAGUUCGAGGAUGUUUCCUUCAACGCGGUGUUGAACAGUGCAGAAGCUCUCCAGAUAUCAGCGCUGCCAGGAUAAGAAUCGUCCAAGGACCUCCUACCUCGGCGGAUCUGCAUGAAGAUCCUGCACAAGAAGCUCCUGCACCGAUCAUGUUGCAUCAUUUGCAAGACAGGGCGGACCCGCACCACUCAAGACCUGACGCAGAUGAAACUCGUCUCCAUUGCCCCCGCUGGCGCGCGAGAAAGCCAGUCUCUAUUGCUGAAGUUGAUUCUUGGUUGAGUAAAUUUUUCCCUGCAAAAGAAAAUGACGAAAUCGAAAGCGGCGGAGAUUCUUUUCCAGGACCAGACGAGGACCCUGGUGCUAUCUUCACUACAUCUACAACUUCUACAGGAAUUGCAAGCGCGCCUACGAAUUCACUCCCACAGCUAGGAAGAGAUGAAAGCCAAGAUCUACUCCCUUUCCACAUUCAAGUAAUCAAACGCAGAGAACGCCGGUGGCAGCGAAUCGUGGAGCGCAUAGAAAAAUCGAAACGCAAGGCAAGGAAAGCUAUGGAAGAUCAGGCGGACGACAAAGUGUACUACUUAAGCAAUCGGAUGGUAAAGCCAUCGGAACUCCGAGCUGCACAGAGCUCGGGGUUGUUCUAUCGCCGGAUGUCUAUGGUGGACCGCGUUAUCGAUCAGGGAGCCCUGGAGACCGUGAAGUGGAUUCUGGGAAUUCUCGUUGCCAAUGCCAAACGAGUUUUGGCCGAUGAGCAAAGAGUCACGCGGCGGACUCGACGCGGGGCCGGUGUGGGAGCAUCGGCGGGAGCUGCGUCUUCAACAUCGUCGAACAGCGUACUACAACAUGGAGUUUCUGUUCCUGGCAACAUCUACUCUCCUGCACCCUCGACGCCUGUUGGCGUGGUUCCGUCACAGCUCCACCUCCCGGGAGCAGCAGGAGUCCCAAUUAUCCCCGGUGCCGCCCAGCAGUAUCAUUACAACAUCUUCAGCGGCCCUUCGUACUACAACGGUUUUCCGCACAAUUCGUCGUGGUAUCAGGAGCUACUGAUCGCAGAUCAGUCCGCGCAGCACAACGAACAAAUGCUGGUGGAGACGGUACAACUUCUAACAGGAGCAGGAAGCCAGCAGGGUGUGCUUAAUCCUCAAGACCACGCGCCCAGCAGCACAGCUGGUGUUGCACCACCACAUCAAAUGCAAAUUGGCCCGACUGCGAAGGCGAAACCCCAGGCCAAAGCAACUGCAACGGCAGCGCCUAGUACUAGUACC